AUGCCCUCCGAUGCCUCCGCCUCCGCCUCCGCCUGCGCUUCAGCCCCAGAAGCCUCGACGGCUGCGGCGCAACGCUCUCCGACAAACUCGGUUGACCUUCCGCUGUCCCGCUCGCACUCGCAGCAAGCUUCCCUCGAUACAACUGCGCACUCAGAUUCGCACGAUUUGCCUCAACCUAGUCUUGCGCCUUCCAUAAAGCCACGCAUCAGCAGCAUGGCACGCCCCCUGUCAUCCAGCUCACAUUCAACCAGCGACGAUGGCAAAGAGCUCGACCUGACCCAAGCUGGUUCAGACGACAUACACCCCAUCAUGGACUCCUCGGCCAGGUACAACAGCAUCGACACAUACAACCUCAGCACGCUAUCUUUCACCGUCGAUUCCAGCUCUCCAGACCACACUGCACCAUCACGCUACGUCAACUUGGUACGUCCCGCCCGACCUGCCUCCCACAUCGUCGAGGUACAUGUUCAUCACUUUGUAGCAUCCUCUGACUUUUUUUUUCGUUUGCUCCGCUUGAUCCAGGGUAUGACAAGACCACUUUCUCACAUCCCCGACGAUCAAAAGGUCAAUCCACGUGGCAUACGCGACAUCUUUGGCAUCCCCGCGUCGCUAGUCGGCUCGGCAACCAGCAUGAACGGCUCCACCACAGCAACUUCGGAGGCGAACAACUUCUUCACCAACCCAUACUCGUGGGACACCAUGGAUGGAAAGGAAGAGCCGGACGACGCCUUGCACGACCCGAACUCUUCGCACGAUGCUCCCGACGGAUGCUUCGGAGGCGCCCUCGGUACCAGAGGCCUGCUCAACGUUGGCGUGCUCGUCGUCCUCGCCCUCGCACUAGUCGCCCUCUUCGGUGGAUACCCCGUCAUCGCCUACCUCAACAGGCAUCACGAGAGCACAAAAGGUGGCUUCAACCUCGGCGGAGUCAACGCCUCGGGCCAAAUCGCCAGCAUACCCGGUCUGCGAUCCUCUCUGAUCGACCCAGACACGCCCGAGGACGCCUAUACCACACUCAGCCCCGACGGCACAAAGAACAUGAAGCUCGUCUUCUCCGACGAGUUCAACACCGACGGACGCUCCUUCUACCCGGGCGACGAUCCCUUUUGGGAGGCCUCCGACCUGCACUACUGGGCGACAAACAACUACGAGUGGUAUUCGCCCGAGGCCGUCACCACCGCAAACGGAUCGCUGCAAAUCACGCUCGCCGAGGUCGAGACCAACAAUCUCAACUUCCGCGGAGGAUUCCUCAGCUCGUGGAACAAAUUUUGCUUCACCGGCGGCUAUCUCGUGGCCAGCGUCCAGCUGCCCGGCUCCCCCCACGUCCCGGGUCUCUGGCCCGCCUUCUGGACCAUGGGCAACCUCGGACGCGCCGGAUACGGAGCCACCACCGACGGAACUUGGCCCUACUCGUACAGCGCAUGCGACGUCGGCACUUUGAUGAACCAGACCGACGCCAACGGCCAGCCCGCAGCCGCCGCCAUCGGUGGAGACGUCAUGUGGAAUCGCAAAGCCGAGUCCAAGGCGCUGUCCUUCCUCCCAGGCCAGCGACUCUCGGCAUGCACCUGCGCCGGCGAGGACCAUCCCGGUCCCAUCCUCAAGGACGGAAGCCUGCGCGGACGCAGUGCCCCCGAGAUCGACGUCUUCGAGGCCCAGGUCGACGGCACGCUCGGCCUCACUGUCUCCCAGUCGAUGCAGACGGCCCCUUUCAACAUGUUUUACAACGUGACCAACUCGACAGGCCUAGCAUACGAGUUCUUUCAGCCGACGUCGCACCUCAACCUGUACAAUGGCCAGAACGACCAACAGGCACUUAGUGGCAUCUCGCUCGCGUCGCAGCGUGCAGUGCAGCUGGGUGGAGACAAGACCUUUUCGACGUAUGGCUUCGAGUACGAGCCUGGACCGACUGGGUACAUCGACUGGAUCUCGGACAGCAAGCGGGCCUGGAAGGUGCAUGCGGCGGCGCUCGAGGCGGACCCGGUGUCGCAGAUCAGCGACCGACCGAUUCCCGAGGAGCCGAUGUACAUCAUCUUCAACCUCGGCAUCAGCGAGAACUUUGGCACGCCCGACUGGCGCCGGCUGCGCUUCCCCGCCGUGAUGCAGGUGGACUGGGUGCGCGUGUAUCAGGACCCGGACGCGGAAAACGUCGGGUGUGACCCCAAGGACUUUCCCACGGCCGACUACAUUGAGCGCCACAAGGCGGCUUACUACAAUGCCAACUACACCGUCUGGGGCGGCACGGCCGACGAGGGCGGCUACGGUGCGCUCUGGCCGCGCAACCGCCUCUACCCGGACGGAUGCGCCGCACCCACCAGCACCCAGCCCGGCUCGCCCGUCCAGCCAUACCAGCAUGCGAGCCCUGUGCCGUCGAGCCAGAUCGCCGUCGGCCAGAACUGA